AUGCCGCCACCGCGCCUCGCCACCGUGCAACACCCCGCCUCCGUCCCCGCAGGCCAGUCCCGCCGCCGGCUCCACCGCCGCGGCGCAAUGCUCUCCGUCUCCUGCUGCCGCGUAGCGGUCAUCGCCUCCCUCGUCGCAGCGGCCGCGGCCACCGUUCUCCUCAACUUCUCCCUCCCAUCCUCACCACACGUCUCCGCCACGGACUUCGCCGGCAAACUGUCCAUCGCGAUCUCCCUUCCGCCGCCUCCGCCGCUGCCGCCACCCUCGUCGUCGCGUCCUCCAGCACCCGCGGCGCCGCCUCCUCCCGUGCUGCAGCCGCCCGCUGCAAGGCCACGGCGAAGAGAGCCGUCGUACUGGAGGAUGGCGCCGGAGGAGGCCCUGCGGUACGCCAAGAAGGAGAUAAUGGCCGCCGCGCCGGUGGUCGACGACCCCGAUCUCUACGCGCCUCUCUUCAAGAACGUCUCCCAGUUCAAGAGGAGCUAUGAACUGAUGGAACGGAUACUCAAAGUUUACAUUUACCAGGACGGCCGGAGGCCCAUCUUCCACACGCCUCCGCUCAGCGGCAUCUACGCGUCCGAGGGCUGGUUCAUGAAGCUCCUCAGGGAGAGCCGGAGGUUCGCCGUCGCCGACGCCGCCAAGGCGCACCUCUUCUACCUGCCCUACAGCUCCCAGCGCCUCAGGGUCUCGCUCUACGUGCCGGACUCCCACAACCUCAGGCCACUGGCCGCGUACCUCCGCGACUUCGUCAAGGGCCUCGCCGCCAAGUACCCGUUCUGGAAUCGCACCGGGGGCGCCGAUCAUUUCCUCGUCGCCUGCCAUGAUUGGGGAGGCUACACGACGACGGCGCAUGGCGACCUGCGCCGGAACAGCAUCAAGGCGCUGUGCAACGCCGACAGCUCGGAGGGGAUCUUCGUUCCAGGCAGGGACGUGUCGCUCCCGGAGACGACGAUCCGGACGCCGAGGCGGCCGCUCCGGUACGUCGGCGGGCUGCCGGUGUCGCGGCGGCGCAUCCUCGCCUUCUUUGCCGGCAACGUGCACGGCAGGGUGCGGCCGGUGCUCCUCAGGCACUGGGGCGACGGGCGGGACGAGGACAUGCGGGUGUACGGCCCCCUCCCGGCGAGGGUGUCGCGGCGGAUGAGCUACAUCCAGCACAUGAAGAACAGCCGGUUCUGCCUCUGCCCCAUGGGGUACGAGGUGAACAGCCCCAGGAUCGUGGAGGCGCUCUACUACGAGUGCGUGCCGGUGAUCAUCGCCGACAACUUCGUGCUGCCGCUGAGCGACGUGCUGGACUGGAGAGCCUUCGCGGUGGUCGUCGCCGAGAAGGACAUACCGGACCUGAAGAAGAUACUCCAGGGGAUCUCGCUUCGCAAGUACGUGGCCAUGCACGGCUGCGUCAAGAAGCUGCAGAUGCAUUUCCUCUGGCACGCUAGGCCACUCCGGUAUGAUCUCUUCCACAUGAUCCUGCACUCCAUUUGGCUGAGCAGGGUGAACCAAGUUGAGCUCCACGAGUAGGAAACCGGCUCGCAUCAGAUGGUACCGUCAGAGAAAUGUUCUUGGUUCGGCGUAAGAUUCUGUCCAUUGUGAAGACGCGCAUAGGGCUGAUCUAUUACAUAUACAUACUACUGA